UGAAGUCCGUAUAUCUUAGAAAUGCUGGCUUCUAGGAUCCGGAGGCUGCGUACUAACGAUAAUCCCUUCGAAAGAAAAAGCUGCCUUCAGCAGUGUGUGUCAUUCUGAUUAACUUCAUGUGAUUUUACUGCGCUGGAAAACCGAACUCACACUUUUACGCGCUCAAAUUUUAGACCCGGAAGAAGGUGUCAGUCCGCAAGAACUACGGGAGCUGCCCAGGAUCUUUGGAAACAUGGCGGCCGCCGUAGUUGUCGCGGCCCAGAGAGUCUGUAAUGUCGGCAUCCUCAGGACCGCGUGCAGAGGUUAUGCUUUGAUUUCAAACCAUGGAAUUAGUUGCCAGCAUGCUGCCUUGGCAUGGACUUUUCAGACACAUUGCAACAUUUCUGCAUCAUAUAAUGUGACAGUGCAACAGAGAAGGCAGAGAAGCUUUUUCAAUAAAUUGACAGCCAGUGAACUCUGGAAAGGAGUUGCAGCAGAGAAUACUGCAGGUGGAAGGAAGGGGCGAGGCAAGCGAGGCAAGAAGAAAAAAACAAGGGAUCUCAAUCGAGGCCAGUUCCUUGGCGAAGGAAAAAUCGGUUUUCUUUGGCCUGGCCUCAAUGCUCCAUUGAUGGUAUCUGGAAAAGUUCAAAGCAUUGCUCAGAGAGAUGAAGAAGAGCAGAAGGCAUUGCAGUUAGCAAAAGCUGAGGAAAUAAAACAACUAGACAAAAGAAGGAAAAUACGGAUUAAGAAGGAGAGAGGUUGGACUGGACGAUCCUGGGGAGGUGUCAGUUUAGGACCUCCUGAUCCUGGUCCCAAUGGAGAAACAUUUGAAGAUUUUGAUAGCAGAAUACUUGAGCUAAGAUCCGUAUUUAACAUGACUGCAAAUGAAGGCCGAAAAAGAUCUAUGAGGGCCCUCGUGGCUGUUGGCAAUGGAAAAGGAUCUGCUGGUUUUGCUCUAGGAAAAGCAUCUCACAUGAAGAAUGCACUAAGAAAAGCAAAAAACAAAGCUAUUCACCAUUUACAGUAUGUUGAAAGAUAUGACGAUCAUACAAUUUACCAUGAUAUUGCAGCUACUUUUAAGAAAACAACAAUUCGGAUGAAGAAGCAAAACAAAGGGUAUGGUCUUCGUUGUCACCGUGCUAUCAUCACACUCUGCAAACUGAUUGGGAUUAAAGACAUGUAUGCCAGGGUUUAUGGAUCCAAUAAUAUAUUGAAUCUCACUACGUGUCUCUUUAAGGGAUUAGCUAAUCAGGAAACUCAUCAAAAUCUAGCAAACAAGAAGAAGCUCUACGUGGUAGAAUUCCGUGAAGAAUGUGGCCCACUGCCCAUUGUUGUAGCAAAGCCUAAUGGACCAGUCAGAGAAGAUCCUGAAUCAGAAGAAGCAGCUCUUGAUGUCAAAUUGGAAUGGAAAGAAGUGAAGGCAGCACAAGGAAUAAGGAGUAGAUGGGCUGAUGUCAAAAGAGCUGUUUGGUAGAUUUGGGCAGUAUUUAGAUAUCAAAAUGAAGAAGAUCCGGCAUAAUCUUAUAAUAAGGCAAUAUUUGUUUCCACAUGAAGUGAAAAAAAAUUGUAUAAAUUGCCUUGAUUAUUGCAGUCCGUAUAAUUUAGUCAUUCCAAACAACAUAGCCAACUUUCUUCAGCUGAUGUCUCUAUUUAAAAUGCAAUCAUUUUGUGGCAUGCAGGCUGUAAAGAAAAAUGGGAAUUUACAAAAUCUCUGACAAGAAAAUUAAUAUUUUCCCAAAUAACUGGAGAAGAUAACAACAGUAUGGAAAAAUAAAGUUGUAAUUGAAUUUCAUUUCGCCUCACUUAUCUCUAUAUGCUCAAGUAAGAAACUUGGACUUUUAAUGAAUGAGGUAACUUCAUGCAUUUGGCUUUUAAUACUACUUGGACAAUACUGAACCAAAACGAACAGUUGGAAGAAGUCCCAGUAAUAUUAACAGGUUUUGGAUAACUCCUCCUUGCCACAUUCAUCAUUAUGUUAGAGGAGGUAUAUUGGUUGCAGAAAUCCAAAUCCAAUUUCAAGGCUGAGAAAAAUAUAAUUGAAACCUUAAAGAGUUGUUUUAAACAAUGUAGGAAGUUCUGAUAUAAUAGAAGAAAUCAUUUGUCAUGCCGUAAGACUUUAGCAAUAUCAGCAUGCAAUAUUAAGACUUACAUCCACCACUCCAAAUGUGUAAAAAGAUUGCAUCCUUUUUGGUGAUGGACAAAAAAGUUGUCUAGGUCUAGGUUGAUAGUAGGAUAGAACUUGUUGAAGUCUUGAUUGAAAAGGGAUUCUUUUCUGAGAGUUCAGAUAAUGAAAAUGCCAUCACUGAAUAUCAAGUAAAGGAGGGAGAGAGUCAAAGGUAAGAAAGUGCCUAGGUCAAUAUGACAAUGAUGACAUAUUGUGGAACUAGUCUGUGUGCAUAGCUGUGGCCUGAUUCCUAUAAAAUAGUUAUGAGUUCAGUGCAAAAUCAAAAGAACUGGUGGCAUGUGGUAUGCUUUAUGGACAGCCCUGAUUAUAUUCCUAAUGGCUUGAAAGGGAGAUUGCUGUACAAUAGGUCAGCAUCCAUAGUAGCUAAAAUGGUGUGAUCAGAGAAGAUUGCUAAUGAAUUCAGGUUUUUUUUAGGAAGUCUGUGGUAUCCUCUAUGUAUCUUCUAUCUUCUAUGUAGCUGAGAGUGCCUCUGGCAUAAAGUGACUCCUUUUAUGUAUAAAUGUGACUAAAGUAUUUAAUAAGUUAAUGUUAUAUCCUGAAUAAAUGUCAAACAUUUGGUCAGCUUUUUAGUACAACCAAGUUAAGCUCCCAUUGCAUAGCCACCUGGGUGAUGACGCAUUUUUAAAAACUGCAUUGAGAAGGUAUUUUCUGGUUAAGGAAAAAUAUUGAUGUACUGAGCAGAUAAAUGAGUAAUAAUUUACCAUUAACUAACAUUAUAAAACUCAUUUGCAUAAUUUAAUUAUAUAUAUCAAAGGAAAUUCUAAACAUUUGCUUUAUAUGUAAGUGAGCAAGCAGAUAUAUACUUUCACUUUUAAUAACGUAACAAUUUGAUUGAGAAUUCUCUUCCUUUAGCCCAAUAAAAAGUCAUGUUUUCUUCUUAGAGGAUGCAGUGGAUAUGCUUGUAAUGGUUUACCUGGCUUUAAAAGCUAAAAUCAACAGUU